GUCGUCGGUAUAAUCGACGUGGUCGUCAACGACGAGCCGGUACGCAGCUGGAUGCCGCCCCCGCCCAAGAAAAAAUGGAUACGACAUUAUCUGCUCGAUGGAAACGCGAGCCAUUUUGCAUCGCUGGCCGAAGGAAAGAGGAGGAUACGAGAGACGGAAUAUGGAACACACGGAUAAGGCAUGGAGAGUGAUUCGACGUUUACCGAAUUCCUCGGUACAAGCGUAAAGUUCCAUUUCUACCGGGCGAGACUAGAGGCGGAAGAGAACGUUAGGCGAAGAUGCACGUCGAGAAAGAGCGCGAGAAGCGGCGAAAGAGAGGUCGAAGAAGAGAAGGGAGGCGGAGGACCGUUAUGCGGCACGUUCGACUUCGAAAGAGGUCUUUUGGUACACUGGGUACUUGAAAAAUCAAAGUCGGAAGUGAAAAAGAAAAAGGAAGAAAGAGACGAUGUAGUAACGAGAAAACUUGUUCCGAAAUCAGCGAAUGAAGAAAGUCGGAGAAUUCGUAAAUCGUCGAGUAAAGACCAAAGACCGCGUAAACUGUGAAUUUACCGACUGCCACGAUCUUUUAAGAAUUAGAAAGAAUCGAUCAACUUUCGAUCGUAAUGGGUAACACGAAAUUGCGUGGAUGCUAGACGACUAAAUAUCAAAGGACCGGUAGUCGGUGCAAGAAAGCGGUGACGUGACAAAAAUCUUGUUUCUGGAGCACAAACUUGCAAGUGUAUCGAUUGUUUGGAAGAAAAGAAGCUUCUAGAUUCCACGGUAUCUACCGUUCCUCGAGAAGUAGGUGAACAGACGAUCGAUAGAACAUGGGCAUCGAAAGCGUUUUAACGGGAGGUUUGACCUCCGCAUCGAGCGGACUAUCGUGGUUCUUUCCGAUGCUCGCAGCGGCUCUCGUCUACUUCGAAUACGAAGUGAUGGACAACGAAGCACCACCGAUUAAUAUACCUUCGGAAGUAUUGCUGCCAUCGUACGACUUUAUCGUUAUCGGAUCUGGUUCCGCAGGAGCCGUGGUAGCGAGUCGCCUGUCGGAAAUAGAAAAUUGGAACGUGCUUCUUCUGGAAGCUGGUGGUGAUGAAAAUGAAAUCACCGAUGUUCCUCUUCUCGCCGGUUAUCUACAGCUCAGUCAAUUAGAUUGGCAGUACAAAACGGAACCCAACGGAGAAGCCUGUUUAGCGAUGGAAGAGGGUCGCUGUAACUGGCCGCGUGGAAAAGUGAUCGGAGGCAGCAGCGUGCUCAACUACAUGCUCUAUCUUCGCGGCAACAAAAAAGACUAUGACAUAUGGGAGCAGCUAGGCAAUCCAGGUUGGUCCGCCAGGGAUGCUCUCUAUUAUUUCAAAAAAUCGGAGGACAACCAAAAUCCCUAUUUAGCCCGAACGCCGUAUCAUUCGACCGGGGGUUACCUAACCGUUCAGGAAGCACCGUGGCACACCCCGUUGGCCGCAGCGUUCGUUCAAGCGGGUCAAGAAAUGGGCUACGAGAACAGAGAUAUUAACGGGGAACAUCAAACCGGCUUUAUGAUCGCUCAGGGAACCAUCAGACGCGGCAGUCGAUGCUCCACGGCGAAGGCGUUCCUGCGACCAGCCAGGCUGCGCAAGAACUUGCACAUCGCUAUGCACGCGCAGGUUACCAAGAUUUUAAUAGAUGCGAAAUCGAGGAGGACUUACGGCGUGGAAUUCGUCAGGGACGGCAAGAUGUUCCGUAUUCGUGCUAAAAAGGAGGUGAUCGUUUCCGGCGGUGCUAUCAAUAGCCCUCAAUUGCUGAUGUUGUCGGGAAUCGGACCUAGAGAUCACCUACUACGACACGGGAUACCGGUGAUUCAGGAUUUAAAAGUGGGAGAGAAUCUGCAGGACCAUGUCGGUUUGGGAGGUUUGGCGUUCAUGGUGAAUCAACAGGUUUCGAUGGUGGAAAAGAGGUUGCACAGCGUUCAAGCUGUGAUGCAGUACGCCGUUUUUGGAGACGGUCCUUUAACCGUUCUGGGUGGUGUCGAAGGCCUAGGAUUCGUCAAUACGAAGUACGUGAACGCCUCCGACGAUUUCCCGGACAUAGAACUUCAUUUCGUAUCAGGGUCGACGAACUCCGACGGUGGUAGACAAAUCAGAAAGGUUCACGGAUUGACGAAAAGAUUCUACGACGCUGUAUUUGGGACUAUUAACGAUAAGGACGUGUGGAGCGUGAUUCCUAUGCUUUUAAGGCCAAAAAGCAAAGGUGUUAUCAAGCUUCGAAGUAAAAAUCCUUUCGACCAUCCUUUGAUUUACCCGAACUACUUCAAAGAACCGGAAGAUAUCGCGACACUGGUCGAAGGAGUCAAAAUAGCAAUCGCUCUGAGUAGAACCGCUUCGUUCAGGCGCUUCGGAAGCGAACUAAAUUCGAAGCAAUUUCCUGGCUGCAAACACAUUCCUAUGUACAGCGACCCGUACUGGGAAUGUAUGAUCAGGCACUAUUCCGUCACCAUCUAUCAUCCUGUGGGCACUUGCAAGAUGGGUCCUUACUGGGAUCCCGAGGCUGUGGUAGAUCCUCAGCUUCGAGUUUACGGAGUUACCGGACUCAGAGUCAUCGACGCGUCUAUAAUGCCAAAUUUAGUUAGCGGUAACACCAAUGCACCGGUUAUCAUGAUCGGAGAGAAGGGUUCCGACAUGAUAAAAGAAUUCUGGUUGAACGCGAUGUCGUACGGACCCGAACUGAGUUUCCUGGUGCUCCUUCGUAUGUUGAUCGGCAUGUACAGGCCGGAUAUCGUGAAUCGCGAGACCAGGGUGAAGCCGAUAACUUUAUCGGAUCUUGGAAACAGCUACGAUUUUAUAAUAAUCGGAGGUGGCACGGCUGGCUCGGUGUUGGCGAAUCGUUUGUCGGAAAACGAAAAUUGGACGGUGUUGUUGUUGGAGGCCGGCGUUGACGAAAACGAUUUGUCCGACAUACCGAUCCUGUUCCCGAUUCUCCAGCUCACCUCGAUGGACUGGCAGUUCAAGACGGAACCGUCGAAUAAUUAUUGCAAAGCGAUGAAAGCUAACAUGUGCAAUUGGCCACGCGGCAAGGUACUCGGAGGAAGCAGCGUGCUGAACGCGAUGAUCUACGUCCGUGGCAACAAGAAAGAUUACGACAAUUGGCAGGAGAUGGGUAAUCCAGGAUGGGAUUACGAGAGCGUAUUGCCUUAUUUUAAGAAAUCCGAGGACAUGAGGAUCAAAGAAUACCAAGAUUCCCCUUAUCAUCGAACCGGUGGAUAUCUGACCAUCGAAUACUUUAAUCAUCGUUCGUCCGUGACCGAUUAUCUGAUACAAGCGGGCACGGAAAUGGGCUACGACGUCGUGGAUCUGAAUGGACCCACACAAACCGGAUUCUCCUUCACUCAUGCAACGGUGAAAGAUGGUCUGCGAUGUAGUACCGCGAAAGCGUUUCUUCGAACGGCUUCCAAGCGAAAAAAUUUACAUAUCAGUAUGAAAUCGAUGGUAGAGAAGAUUUUGGUGAGCCAAGAUGAAAAUGGAAAAACAGCUUAUGGCGUGCAAUUUCAAGUAGGAUCAAUGCGCAGGACGGUGAAAGCCAGUCGCGAGGUAAUUCUAUCGGCUGGCGCGAUACAAUCGCCGCAAUUGCUCAUGUUGUCUGGAAUCGGCCCCAGGGAUCAUUUGGAACAACUCGAUAUUCCCGUGGUCCACGAAGCUCCCGGCGUCGGUAGAAAUCUUCAGGAUCACGUCGCGAUCGGUGGAUUGAACUACUUGGUGACUAAACCGGCGAACAUCACGGAUCCAGCAUCUUUCACUUUUAACUUGAUGAAGUCCAUCAAUGCCCAUACGCUCAAUUUGUUCGUCAGAGAACGUACCGGGCCGUUGUACACGAAUAACGCGGCCGAGGGUAUAGGUUUCAUCAACACCAAAUAUGCGAACAAGUCGGAGGAUUAUCCUGAUAUACAGCUGUUCAUCUCUUCGACGGCCGACAAUACGGACGGUGGUCUCUUUAGCAAGAGAGAUUGCAACCUUAUGGAUGACUUUUAUGCGCAUUUGUUCGAAAAUAUCCUGUACCAGGACUCGUACACGAUCAUGCCGCUACUGCUGCGACCUCGAAGCAGAGGAUACAUCAAGCUGCGCUCCAAGGACGUUAAUCAGCAGCCGAUCAUCGUGCCCAACUACUUCGACGAUCCAUAUGAUCUCGACGUUUUGUUUCAGGCUAGCCUAUUGGAUACGAGCAAUGGAACAUCAUGUUGCUCCUGCAGCUUCAAAGACACGUCGUAUAUGGCGUCCAAGUGCGGCGUGAAAACAUCUUUCAUGAGCUUGGUUGAGAAAAUAAUCGCGUCUACGUGCGACGUGUCAGAUCCUUGCCACAGACUCGGCAAAGAGGAAGUGCCCAACGAAUGGUUCGACUUUAUCGUGGUCGGCGGCGGAGUAGCCGGGCCUGUAAUUGCCAGGAGAUUGAGCGAAAAUCCCUGGUGGAGGGUUCUGCUGAUCGAAGCAGGGCCGGAAGAACCGUCGAUGACUUCUAUUCCUGGACUCGCGGUUCACGCGGUCAAUUCGACUUUGGAUUGGAAUUUCAAAACGGAGCCGACAGAGCCCCAUCCGACCGCGUGUUUAGAAACCGACGGAGUGUGCACUUGGCCGCGAGGGAAGAUGAUGUCCGGUACCGCCGGCAUGUACGGAAUGAUGUACGUACGAGGACAUCCGGAAGUGUACAACAGUUGGGCUCGGGCAGGCGCCACAGGUUGGUCCUACGACGAAGUCGCCCACUACUUCGAACGCGCCGAGGAUCCCGUAGAUCCGUCGAUAUUAUCCGACAAACCUAGAACCGUUCCCGUGCCAGGUCCGAUGAAGAUUCGAUUUUAUCCCCAUAAGCCAGCGUUCGCCGACGAACUUUUGAAAGCUGCGGCCGAGCUGGGUUACAGAACGUCGAGUUUGAAAGAAUACAGCCAGACAGGCUUCAUGGUGGCUCCCAUGACGACCGACAAUGGCGUACGAGGCACGACUUCGAGAAAUUACUUGAGAUCGGCAUACGGUAAAAACAAUCUAAGGGUGUUGAUCAACGCCCAGGUGACGAAGGUUCUAACGAAUCAGUGGCAGAGCAAAGCGUACGGCGUCGAACUGAUCGAUAAAGAUGGAUACAAGAGGAUCGUGAAAGCUAACAAAGAGGUUAUUCUAGCGGCUGGAGCGAUUGGCUCCCCUCACAUUUUAUUGAACUCCGGGAUAGGACCCAAGGAGCAUUUAACCAAAUUAGGCAUGAACGUGAUCAAGGACCUGCCGGUAGGGAAGAAUCUUCACAAUCACGUGUCGGUCGCGGUUCACUUCAGUAUCAAGGAUACCGCGUACGAAUCCAUGAACAUGAACAGCGUUAACGAGUACUUGGAGACCAGAACCGGUCCGUUGAGCAGUACCGGAUUGACCCAAGUGACGGCGUUUCUCGAGAGCAGCUACGCCGUUAGCGGAGUACCCGAUAUCCAGAUGUUCUUCGACGGAUUCUCGCCAAACUGUCCAAGGACCGGACUCGAAUUCGAGUGUUUGAACGGCGCGCUUGGCUUAUGCUCGGACAGAAGGCAGAUCGUGGUCAGGCCGACGGCUGUUACCGUGGAGAGCAGGGGAUACAUGAAGUUGCGUUCCGGCGACCCGAUCGCACCACCUUUGAUUUACCCCAACUACUUUACCGACACGAAGGAUUUGAAGGUGUUGAUCGAGGGUAUUAGGAAGGCCAUCGAGCUCACCAACACGCAGACUAUGAAACAAUGGGAUUUUCGAUUGGAACCCGUCGUUCAUCCCCUUUGCACCAACUAUCACUUCGCCACUGACGCGUACUGGGAGUGCUACGUAAGAGCGGCCACUGGACCGGAGAACCAUCAGUCGGGGACAUGCAAAGUAGGCGCGUACGACGACCCAACGGCCGUCGUCGAUCCGGAGCUACGAGUACGUGGUAUAUCGAACAUUCGAGUCGCGGACGCAUCCGUGUUUCCGAUCGUGCCAAACAGUAAUCCCAUCGCAGCGAUCAUGAUGAUCGCGGAGAAGGCGGCCGACAUGAUCACGCAUACAUGGUCGAAGAUGUGAGAACUCGAAGAUGCGUCGGAGAAAGUCGAUGCCAUGCUUCUUUAAUCUCGAUUCUCCUGUCGUAUGGUAUUCCGCGCGAUGUCCCGUUCGUUGCAACACGUUCUUAUGCGAGUGCUAUCUUUCCAGAAGAUGCCAACGAUGAAAAUGUUCCUUACCGAACAUUGCUCACGUCACCACGAUGCAAUCUUUAAAUCGUUUUAAUUUGGUCAAGAUUGAAUUCGAGAAAUUUUUAAGCCAACUUUAAAAAAUGCGACGUAUUAUGUAAUACACUUGUGUGCCAUAUAUGACAGGAUGAGUAACGACGAGUUUAUCAUUUCCAAAUAAUCAAUGCGCAACCAUUACUCUGUAUAUAACGAUAAGCAAAUAAUUUACGAUAAGUAUCGAGCGAUGCAAAUAUUUGUAGAAUAGACUCGAGUCUAUCUUGUGGGCAAUGUUUCAAAUAUGAUAAUUCAAAUAUAUCUUUUACUCGA